UCUCCAUUGCUUCUUCCUAUACCUAGCUCAUCGAGCACUUACUUUCCCUCAACCGACGCGAUGCGAGGCCCCAACGCCAGGGCCUUCCAGCAAGGCUUCCUCAAGAACUUGAUCCUGAGCCUCCAGGCCUGCAGCGAAGCCUGCGUCUCGUCCGCGGGGACCGCGAGCGCCGUGAUGAGCCUCCAGGAGAGGAAGCGCGCCAUCAAGUCGUCGGCCGACAUCGCCAUGGCCGCCGCCCGCGGCGGCGGAGCGAGGUGGCCCCGGGCCAUCUUGGCUUCGUCGUCGUCGUCUAGGCUGGCGUGCAAGUCGUCGCCGGCGGCGAAGGCGCGCAGGUGCAAGAGGAUUGUGAGGCGGUGUUUCCGCACGAGGAGGUCGUCGAGAGAUGGCGCCGCGGGUGCUUGUUCUCUUGCGAGAACCACGACGGCGAUGAUAAGUAGCGGUGAGGUUGCGAGGAGACUGGUGAGGAAGAGGACCAAGGUGCUGCGGAAGAUGAUACCUGGAGGUGAGCUGCUCGACGAGAUCUCGUUGCUUCAUGAGGCCAUGGACUACGUCGCGCACCUACACGCGCAAGUUGACGUGCUCCGGCGCAUCUCGAAUGCGGCGCGAUGAGAUCUGGUGUACCAGGGGCUUUUGCACCAAGUGCUUGGCUAGAGGAGUCGAAAGGGCGGUUCAAUUUUCAGGCGAAAUGGCGGAUAGAUUGUGCGGAGUAGCAGCUAUUCCGAAAGGGGAAGAAAGAUCACGCAGAAUAUGCCGCAUGCUGGAAGUUGAUGUGAGAAAACAUAGUGUCCCAGAUCAGCAUGUGGAAAUGUUGAAGAGUAGAUCGAACAUCUUGUAGGCUGCUGAGAGACGACAGGUAGAAAAAAUAUAUGGUAGUGGCAGUGACUUUUGUACUUGAACCGAAGACACAUGCCAUUGUGGCGACAGUGUAAAGCUUUGACGGCAGUAUUUUUCUACAUCUAGUAUCUUUUGUUUUCUUUUUUGGUCAAUUGAAAAGAGAGAGAUACUGCAAGGAGGAAGCCUAGUCUGAAUCAUGCUUCUAGAUGUAGUUCCAAUUAAUAUGAUGUAAGGACUAAGGAGUGAGGACUCCUUUACUCUUUCCCUUUCUUUUCAGUAGUAAGUUAUCUAA